GAAAUUGCUCCUCCUCUGUCUCUCCGGCUUUGUACCCAGAGUUGAAUCCACGCCGCGGCUACCUUCUCUAGGAUACCGGGGCAGCUAAACAUUGGAAAAUGGCCCUCCACGUUCCCAAAGCUCCGGGCUUUGCCCAAAUGUUGAAGGAUGGCGCCAAGCACUAUUCAGGGCUUGAAGAGGCAGUCUAUCGUAACAUCAAAGCCUGUAAGGAGCUCUCUCAGACCACACGCACCGCCUAUGGACCAAACGGUAUGAACAAAAUGGUCAUCAACCACUUGGAGAAACUGUUUGUCACCAAUGACGCUGCAACGAUUCUCAGAGAGCUUGAGGUGCAGCACCCAGCAGCCAAAAUGAUUGUGAUGGCAUCCCACAUGCAAGAACAGGAGGUUGGAGACGGUACAAACUUUGUCCUGGUGUUUGCUGGAGCUCUGUUGGAGCUGGCUGAAGAGCUGCUCAGGAUGGGCCUGUCUGUGUCAGAGGUGAUUGAAGGCUAUGACAAAGCAUGUAAAAAGACUCUGGAGAUCCUGCCAGACUGCGUAUGCUCCUCAGCCAAGAACCUCCAUGAUAUUAAUGAGGCGACGUCUCUCAUCCGUACAGCAGUCAUCAGUAAACAGUACGGCAACGAAGACUUCCUCGCCAACCUUAUCGCACAGGCUUGUGUGUCCAUCUUCCCACAGUCUGGCAAUUUUAAUGUUGAUAACGUCAGAGUAUGCAAGAUUUUGGGUUGUGGGGUGACAUCAUCCUCCAUGCUACAUGGCAUGGUUUUUAAGAAGGAGGCAGAGGGAGACGUCUCAUCAGUUAAAGACGCCAAGAUCGCUGUCUUCUCCUGCCCCUUUGACUGUACAGUGACAGAGACCAAGGGCACAGUGCUGAUAAAUAAUGCACAGGAGCUCAUGGACUUCAGUAAGGGAGAGGAGGAUAUGAUGGAGGCUCAAGUGAAGGCUAUCAAGGAGUCUGGUGCCAACGUGGUGGUAACUGGGGGGAAAGUGGCUGACAUGGCGCUGCACUACGCAAACAAGUACAAGCUCAUGGUGGUCAGGCUUAACUCCAAAUGGGACCUCAGGAGGUUAUGCAAGACUGUGGGAGCUGUAGCACUGCCCAGGAUGACGGCUCCAACUCCGGAGGAGAUGGGUCACUGUGACAGCGUGUACCUGGCAGAGGUGGGGGACACUCAGGUGGUGGUCUUCAAACAUGAGAAAGAGGACGGUGCCAUCUCAACAGUGGUGAUCAGAGGCUCCACUGACAACCUGAUGGAUGACAUUGAGAGGGCUGUAGAUGAUGGAGUCAACACCUUCAAAGUUCUGGUCAGGGACAAACGACUGGUGCCUGGAGCAGGAGCCACUGAGAUUGAGCUGGCCAAACAGCUCACCUCUUAUGGAGAGUCCUGCCCUGGUCUGGAUCAGUAUGCCAUUAAAAAGUUCGCUGAAGCCUUCGAGGCUUUGCCACGUGCGCUGGCUGAGAACUCUGGUGUGAAGGGGAGCGAGCUCAUCUCCAAACUGUACUCUGCACAUCAUGAGGGGAACAAAAACAUGGGCUUCGACAUUGAGGGAGAAGGCCCCGCUGUGAAGGACAUGCUUGAAUGUGGCAUUCUGGAGCCUUACCUGGUCAAACACUGGGGCAUCAAACUGGCCACCAAUGCUGCCAUCACAGUGCUGAGGGUUGACCAGAUCAUCAUGGCUAAGGCUGCAGGGGGACCCAGGGCUCCCAAACAGAGAGGCCACUGGGACAAGGACGAUUUGGACGACGCGCCUGAUAAUUUUGAAACUCACCAUUAGAGGGCACACACACACACACCCUCUUGUCAAUCAUCAUGGCCAAACCAGCAGGGGGACCCAAAGCUCCCCAGGGCAAGAAGGACUUCGAUGAGGAUGACUGAAUCUGACGGUGUCCAGCUGAUGCUCCUUUUAACCCUGAACGCUCCCACAUGGAUUCACGAAACCAUUUCAACUUUUUUUAUUUAAAG